AUGGCUGACAAAUUUGUCGUUCUGGACAACCCGUCUUCCCUCGCCCCCGUGGCGACACCGCGCGUGCUCACCGUGGCCGGGUCGGACCCAAGCGGAGGCGCAGGCAUCGAGGCCGACCUCAAGACGAUAACCAGUUAUGGCUGUCAUGGCCUCACGUGCGUCGAUGUGCUCACCGUGCAGAACACUUUGGGAGUUUCUGGCAAGCUGGAGACGGCAGCAACGGUUGUGCAAGACAUUUUGCAGGCCGAUUUUGCAGACGGCGGAAUCCAUUGCGUCAAAAUCGGAGUUGUGACCAGACCGGGGCUCACCGCGAUAGUGCCCCUUCUGGAGACCUUCCGGCCGCAGUUGGUGGUCGACACAGUUAUAAGCUCAACGUCCGGCUUCACCAUGGCGAAACAGACGCUCGUGAGGGACUGCAUCGCGCAGCUCUACCGCUAUGCCACGGUUAUCACGCCGAACUGGGACGAGGCGAAAAUUAUCUACGGUCUGCUUUUUCCGGACAGCUCUGUGGGGGAACCCUCGAUAGCCGGAUGCGAGGAUCUGGCACGCAAGCUUGCAAGCGCCAUUGGAUGUCGCGCAGUGCUGAUAAAGGGAGGCCAUGUUCCAGCACAGGAGGCCGUCACAGACGUGCUGUACGACCGUCUGCGCGACGAUGCGCGGGCUCGCGUGCGGCCUGGAUCUGCACACGGCCGUCGAAAACGCCAUUGUGUAUGUCCACGACGCGAUCAGGCUCGCCGACUCGACGAUCGGCGCGGGCAACGGUCCGCUAAAUCACGUCUAUAG